AUAGAGGGGUGGGGAGUGGAGAGGUCAUGUUUCCUUAUAUAAGCAGCCACACAACGCUUGCUAGGUUCAUCUGGAAAACAUUUUGGUCAUCUCUGCUUGUCUGGUCACUUAGAUACAGCUUGGACAUCUGAGGGUAAGUUGUAGGACUGUGUAGGCGUAGUUUCCUUUUUAAUUGCUGGCUGGUAUAGUGUAGGGCCGUAAUGUAGGCUUAUUGUUCAAAGGUCACCAGGUAAGGUGUAGUACUGUCUGUAGGCAUAUUGUGUAAAUGCCGAAAUGUAUGGAUUGCGACUGUCUCUAGGUGUAUUUUGUAAGGAUCGACAUAAUUGAUAGAAAGUAAGAAGUUAACUGUUUUUGUAACACGUGGACCCACAGGAUGUUUCCUCGAAAUGCCCGGAUCUUAUGUGAACGAAGUGCACCGUGUUAAGCUCUUAUUGUUCAAUGUGUGUGUCAUGUGUCAUGUGUCCCCAAUUGAUAACACAGACAAGCCUAAAAUAAGUUGUCUCAAAUCUUAGACGUGUCUUCCAGUAUUUUUGAUCAGCUUCGUUUAAAAAUAUUGCAUCUGAAUUCUUACAUCAUCUGUAGUUUCAAAUUUACUUAAAAUGUGAUAUUUUUAAGCAUGAUAGUAGCAUACUUAUUUUUAACAAAAGGUUUAUUCAGGCGUGUUCUGGUGGCUUUUACUAGCCAUUUUGUACACAGUGUAGACCAAAUAAUGUGGGGGGCCUUCAAGUCAAAUAGUAAUAUCUUCCAAAAAUAUAGUUUAUGAUUAGGACUCUGGCCUUGGGCCCAAAAAUAACAGUUUCGAAGGUUGAAUCCAGGUCCUGGACGUGAUUAUUUCAUUAGUCGUCAUUUAAGAUUAAAAUCUCGGUAACGUGUCAGCAGAUCUUUGCUCUAUCACCUGUGAAUAUAAAGGUUAAAUACACUAAAACAGAUAUUUUCACCUACAAUGUUUAAUAUGUUUGACAAAAAAGAAGCUCCUGGUCUUAGAAUUCUGAGGAUGGGAUUUGACAGAAAAAUCCCUAUUAAGAUACCCACAAAAAAUUAGUCUGACAACAUGUGUGCAUAGUAUAUGUCUGCUGAGUCUAGGUAACUUAUACGCUAUAUGAAUGUAUCAACUUUAUCUAAAGCGUUUAAUAGCUUUGUAAUCAGACAGGCCUAUCUUUAUGGAGACCUUUUUCUAUAUGAUUCUGCCUCGUGCUACUUCAGGUUUAUUGAUAACAUUCUGUGCUCGGACCAACUUAAAUAAUAAUUCCAAUCAUUUAAGGGUACUUAUUCCAAUACGUUUUGAAUUGUUAAUGUUACAUACUCUCUCGUUUUGGUUCAGAUUCAAUCUGUUAUAGUCACGGCUAUUAUUGUGGCGGUGUGCCUCCUCUGGUGGGCAUUGCCAAAAAUCAUUUCUUCAGGGCAGUUCAUUGAGUCUCAACCCUCCACCCCCUUCCCACGACUGGUGCAGGCAACCACUAAGUGGGCCAGUGACUCUUCUGCCUGGCCGCACAAUCUGCAGUUUAGCUCACUUCUGUCGUCAAGUCUAUGGAGGCAGAUUGCUGCCCUCAACUGGGUGAUGAGGCUAUGCUCGCCUCGCUUUAUCUCCUCCAUGUGUCACUCUUCUCUGUCUCAGCAUCUUCCGAUAAAACUGAAGUCCUGUUUCUCCUGCGGCACAAUCACUUAACACUUUAUAUAAAAGUCGUCUGUUAACUAAGCUGUGACUCUCAGAUGAGUCAUUGGUUUUUCGGGUUUCGCCUCGGCCACGCCUUCUUUGGCUGCGAAAUCCUCAAUUAACGUGACCAGCGAUAAACUGCAGAAUAAAUUUUCGGCCCCUUACAUGAUUAUUACCAACUGUCUCCAUCAUAGUCUCCGUAGUGGCCCUUCCCACAUGCUCGAGAGCUAAUCGUGAGUCGAUAAAUAACAUGAUGUCUGGAAAGAUUUUUCUAUUAGCUGGGCAUUGUAGGAAUGUCUUUCGGGCAAAAAGGAUUGCCUCGAUUUCCGCAUCAAUGAUCGUUCUGCUUUUUCCUACUGUGUCCGGAUAGCUCCUCUUGUGGAGCUUUCUCUUUAGGGUACUCGAUAAGUGCGACUUAUCCGCUGCUGAGUUCUUUUCAAGCAAAGCACUAGCCGUCUGUGAAGACUUUAACCAGUUUGUCUGGGUAGGCGAUAAUCGUUAUUUGCAGUGCCUCCAAUAGUUCUGGUUGAGGACUGGCUAUUUUGACAUUGGUGUUCAUCAAGGUAAAACGUAUUUAAAAUGGGGGGGAGGGGGCUAUAUUGCAAUCCCAUGCCUAAAACACUUUUACCCUUCCCUGUUGUCGGGUAAGGCCAAGUCUCCCCCAAGACUGUGAACCAUAAAGAAAGGUCUCUUUAAUAUAGUCUUUUUUCACAUUUCUUUUGUUAUCGAAGGCACAGUUCCUGUCGGUCUAGAAGUCGGUAUCGCUUCGCCGUCGCUAGGACUUAGUUUCCCGCCUGAUAGGGAGUGUCUGAGUCUGAGGCUGAAGACAAAACCGUUUGUCAUCAUCGAUAACGUUUUUACUAAGGCUUGUCAUCUCUGAGGCUGUGGUCACUAAGGUUUUUCAUCUCUGAGGCUGUGGUCACUAAGGUCUGUCAUCUCUGAGGCUGUGGUCACUAAGGUCUGUCAUCUCUGAGGCUGUGGUCACUAAGGUCUGUCAUCUCUGAGGCUGUGGUCACUAAGGUUUUUCAUCUCUGAGGCUGUGGUCACUAAGUUUUUUCAUCUCUGAGGCUGUGGUCACUAAGGUUUGACAUCUUUGAAGCUGUGGUCACUAAGGUUUGUCAUCUCUGAGGCUGUGGUCACUAAGGUUUUUCAUCUCUGAGGCUGUGGUCACUAAGUUUUUUCAUCUCUGAGGCUGUGGUCACUAAGGUUUUUCAUCUCUGAGGCUUUGAUCACUAAGUUGUGUCAUCUCUGAGACUGUGUUCACUAAGGUUUGUCAUCUCUGAGGCUGUUGUCACUAAGGUUUGUCAUCUCUGAGGCUUUGAUCACUAAGUUGUGUCCUCUCUGAGACUGUGUUCACUAAGGUUUGUAAUCUCUGAGGCUUAUUAAACUUAUAAACUCAUUCGUAGUGCCUAAUUUUUAGAUAUGAGUAACAGUUAAAAAGUAACAUUUAUUAUUUUUUUCUUUUAUAUUGCAGAAAGUAAAAUGAAAUUUAUUCCUUCAUCUUUUGCCUUGUUGGUGUGCAGUGUCAGUGCUUCCUUUCAAAAUGUAAACGGAAAUACUAAUUUAGUCUGUCUCAUUAAUGGUGAAGUGAGUAGAGAAUAAUAUGGCUUGCAAUUAGUGAUAUCAGAAAUUUAAAAAUUCUCAAGUAUAUCGUGAUGUCAUUAAUGAAUAUUUUUCCUUGUACAAUGUGCAGUAAGUAGUAAACAAUAUACUGAGUACUAUCUAUUAUAGUCAUGGUAUGUCAAUUAUUUGUUGCUGAUAAAACAAUCAUGUGGUGUUUUAUCAUUUUCAAUUCUUCAUUAAUCUCAUUUUGUCAUUUAAUUGUAAUUUUGUCAUUAAUAUGACAUAAUAGCGUUGCCCUGAAUUGCAUUAGGACCCCACCCUGGUGUGACCCCCGAUCCCACUGGAAAACUCAAGAUUGUAUAUUAUUAGUUUUAAAUCCAAUGAUUUUUAAUACGAACAAUGAAGGGUAUUGCUACUACGUUAGGCCUAUAUCCAUCAAUUCACAUGGAAACUAUAGAAUUGUUUAAGCCUAUUGAUAUUUAUAAAGCUUAUAUACGAAAAAAAUGAAAGGGGGCCUUCGGCCCCAGAGGGAUGGAUAUCAUGGAUUCAGUAAGCUUUGGUAAUUGCGUAUGGAUAACAAAUGUAUGUGUACUAAGUUUAGUCUAGAUCCAUUUAUUUAUUUAUGAGUAUUAACCCUAUUAAUAUUUAUUUAGCUUACAUAAAAAAGAAACAUGAAACGGGGCCCCCGGCCCCAGAGGAAUGGAUAUUAACAGUUAAGUACCCUUCGGUACUUAAAUAUGGAUAAUCAAAUAUAUGUGUUCGAAGUUUGUUCAAGAUACAUCGGUUUGUUUUGGAGUAUUUGUUUUUAAUUUUAUUUAAAUAGCUCAUAUUCGGAGAGAAAAAACAUGUUCGGGGCACCCGGCCCAAAACGGCAUGUUUCAGAAAGUUGAUAAACCCUUAAGAAUUCCUUCCAGGUAAUGAUGGAUAUAUGUGAUAUAUGUGCCAAGGUUGGUCAAGAUCAACCAAUCCAUGUAAAAACGUAUGUGGAAGAAACACUGCCCGCCACAAACAAACUUUCACUUUUAUCUAUCUAGCUAUAUAUAUAUAUAUACUAGCGAGUACCCGGCAUGCGUUGCAAUGCCACUCAAGGAAAGAAAGUGUUUGCAUGUUAUGUUUCUUCAAGAGCUUUUAAAUACUCGAAGUUUUUCUUGUUUUUCCAUCUGGUAUAUACACGAAUAAAUCAGAAGUUUUUCCGACGCGAGAGCAGGCCACAUACAUUUGUCCAUGAGCGAAGCAUGGGUUUUCCAAAUUUAGUCCGCAAAUUUGUAGCGAUUGUCCCUGUGCUUUGUAGAUAGUCAUUGUAGACGCGUGUCGCAUCGGAAACUGUAGGCGUUUGAAUUCAAAUGGCAUAUCUGUUGGAAUCAUUGGGGGGAAUGGCAAAAGUACAUCACCUAGUUUAAAUUUUCCAUUUAAAAUAGUAACUUCAAUGGAACCAAUUUCGGAAGAUUCAUUUGAAAAGAUGUACCGUACCUAAUGCUUGGAUAUUAAAGUGCGUUUCUCGUUGCAAAUCAAGAGCGAAAAGUUUGUUUGCAGAUCGAUUCCGAGAUGUCAUUCCCAACUCAUGAAUCAUCAAUCGAUAUGAAUAGUAUUUCAUGGCACUGUCUUUCUUAUUCGAAUUUCUCAAUUUGAUGUCAAAAUGAUAUCCAUCUUCACCUUGCCAAAAUAAAAUAGGAUAUUGCAAUCAAACGUAUGAGCGAUGAGUUUCUGAGACUCUCUGAACAUCAACACUUCUGCGAUGAAGAAUUAUAUCACGUGAGUUAAAUUCUUUGCCAACUAUAAUGAUUGCCACUUCAUCAAUUGUUGGUGCAUUGUAUUGUCUUUCAUGUUGGCCGACAGGUGUUUAGUCAGCUCUAACUAUGACUUUGUAUUCAUCAGUUGGCAUCUUUUCAAGUGCAACUCUAUACAUUUGAAUUAAUUCGUUGUGUUGCAAAAAUAACGUUUGCAUUGCAGCGACGAUUUCUCGUUUAGUGCCCGUAUUGAUAUGACAACGUUGAUCGAUUUGCUCAUCAGCAUUCCCCAUGAAAUCAUUUGAAGACAUUUGUGAUCUGUUAUUGGCAUCAGAGAUCCUACACGAUGGUAAAUUUGGCCUUUCACUUUACUUUAAAUGUUGGCAUGUAAUUCUCGUGCCCGAUAUUUGUUGCACCGAACGAUGUCAUUUGGAAACAUGAAUUGCAUUUGCGUAUGUUUGCAAAGAAAUGUUUCGAUUGGCUAUUGUCACCUGAUACCAACAAUGAUAAUGGUUUUGAUGGUGAAUGUAAUUCUCACACGUUAGGAUCUCCCAUCUUUUUACAUGAAAACCUCGCACAAUAGGUACGUUCAUUGUUGGCAGGAGAUUUCCAGUUGUAUAGUUUCUCAUUAAUUUAUAAAUCGUAAAUUCCAGCGGUAAAAAAUGACCAUAGUUCAAUAUCUACGCUGUCAAGUGUGUUAUUUAAUUACUUGAGAAACCAUCGAUUGGUGUAAAAUGUAUUUACAUAACACAAAACAACUACGAAAUUAUACGACUCUAUUCAAGAAAUACUCUUAGUUGAAAAAAGACACGCGAUUUCGAUGUCAUUUCCGAUUCUAAAAUGCGUCACAAAAGUCAAGCUUAUUUAUACACAUAACAAAAAUACUCUCUACACUAAAAAUGUAAAAAUGUGUUUUCUCUGCUUUACUACAAAUGUGUCAUUUUUUCAAGGGCGGUAGUGUUGAUAUCUUCGUUAUAAAUUAUAUUGAUGAAGCUCAUUUAAGAAAAUAAAUUGAAUUUAGUGUCCCAAGCCCUAAUUGGAAUAUUGUACAAUGGAUGUACUAAAUUUGAAAAAUUUCCCGGCAGAUUCAGCUACUUCCACACAUGCAAUAGCUCUGUUUGAAAUUAUAGUUACAAAGCUCUUAGAAGAAAAUAUGAAAUUAGGGUCACUGGCCCAAACGGAAUAUUGUAAAAAAGUUUUUCUAAUUUAGAAACAUUUUCGGUAGUGCGCAUUUCACUUGACCCAGUUUGAUCACAAUCGAAUGAAUGGUAUAGAAAUGCAUACUAUAAUUAUAUAGAUAAUAGAAGUGUGGAAAACGAAUUUAGGACCCCUCUCCACAAAUGGAAUAUUGUAGAAUUGUUGUAUUACUUCAGAAACCUACUUAAUAUGUAACACAAUCAAUUUAAUAUCACUAUUUGUAUUUGAUUAAAAAGCUAUCCAUUCAUGCUUUAGCUCUGUUUGAAAUUAUAGUUGUAUAGCUUAAAAUUAUAGUUGUAUAGCUUAUAUAGAAAAAACGAACAUAGGACCCCUGGCUAAAAACGGAGUAUUUUAAAAUGGUUGUAAUCAUUUAAGAAACCUUUGCGGGCGGGCGCGCGCACAACAUCUCUCUAAAAUUUUAUCGCAUUGUAAUAAUGUAGAGGAGCGCAUACGGAAAUUAUUUUUUAUAAAGCUCCUAAUGCAAGGAAAAAUAAACGAAUUUGGGGCGAUUGCCAAAAAAAACGGAAUAUUUUAGUAGAGUUAUAAUGGCUUAGAAAAAUGCUCUGGCUUAUGGACAACAACUCACCUCAGUUUUAUCGCAAGCGCUUGAAUGAUGUAGGAGCGCAUGCGGUUUGAAAUUAUAUUUAUAUAGUUGUAUAGCUUAAAAUUAUAGUUGUAUAGCUUAUAUAGAAAAAACGAACAUAGGACCCCUGGCUAAAAACGGAGUAUUUUAAAAUGGUUGUAAUCAUUUAAGAAACCUUUGCGGGCGGGCGCACAACAUCUCUCUAAAAUUUUAUCGCAUUGUAAUAAUGUAGAGGAGCGCAUACGGAAAUUAUUUUUUUAUAAAGCUCCUAAUGUACGGAAAAAAACACGAAUUUGGGGCGAUUGCCAAAAAAAAAAAACGGAAUAUUUUAGUAGAGUUAUAAUGGCUUAGAAAAAUGCUCUGGCUUAUGGACAACAACUCACCUCAGUUUUAUCGCAAGCGCUUGAAUGAUGUAGGAGCGCAUGCGGUUUGAAAUUAUAUUUAUAUAGCUCAUUUUGUAAGAAACAAACAUAGGGCCCCUGGCUCAACACUGAAUAUUUUAAAACGGUUGUAGUAAUUUAAGAACCUUUGUGGGCGAUAGAACAACAUCUCACUAAAUUGUUAUCGCAUUCUGAAAAAUGGUAUAGGAGCGCAUAGAAAAUUAUUUUUUACAAAGCGCAUAUAAGAAAAAAUAAGAAUUUGGGUCAACGGCCCAAAACGGAAUAUUUUAAAGGUGUUGUAAUGAAUGGUUAUGUUUAUAGAUAACAACUCGUCAAAGUUUUGUCGCAAUUGCAUGAAUGGUGCAGGAGCGCAUACGGUUUGAAAUUAUAUUUAUAUAGCUCGUAUAAGAAAAAAAACAUAAAUAAGGCCGCUGGCUAAAAUUGGAAUAUUUUGAAAAGUUUAUAAUAAUUUAAAAACAUUUGUGGCCGUGCUUCCAACAUCUCACCAAAGUUUUAAGUUUUAUUGCAAUCGGAUAAAUGGCGUAGGAGCGCAUAUGAAAAUUAUUUUUUACAAAGCUCAUAUAAGAAAAAAUACGAAUUAAGGGCCAACGGCCGAAAACGGAAUAUUUUUAAAAGUGUUUAAAUAACGCAGUAAAAUGCACUGGCGCAUGGACAACAACUCACUAAGUUUUGUAGCAAUCGCAUGAUUGGUGUAGGAGCGCAUACGGUUUGAAAAUAUAUUUAUAUAGCUCAUAUUAGGAAAAACGAAUAUGAGGCCCCUGGCUCAAAACUGAAUAAUUUAAAACAAUUUUAAUAAUUUAGAAAUAUUUAUGGACAUGCUCGCAACAUUUCAUUAAAUUUUAUAUGAAUCGGAUAAAUGGCGUAGGAGCGUAUGUGGAAAAUAUUUUUACAAAGCUCAUAUUAGAAAAAAAACAAAUUAAGGGCCAUCGGCUAGGAAUUGAACACUUGAUAAGGUUUUUAAUGACUCAGUUAAAUGACCGGUUAUGUGGACAACAAGUAAAUAAAGUUUUGUCGCAAUCGCAUGAAUGGUGUAGGAGCGCAUAUGAGACAUACAGACAUACGGACAUACAAACAUUCAUUUAUAUAUAUAUAUAGAUAUGUGUGUGUGUGUGUAAUUAACAUUACUUAUGAGUUAUUUUGUUAAUAUUAUUUAUGUGAAUUUGUAAAUAUUGGGGCAAUAUCGUCUUGUUUAUGGCCUUAAGGAAAAUUUACUGAGAUAUAUUCAAAUGUCUUGAAGACACAACCUAGUCAGAAACUGUCAUUAAUACAAAACCAACUAAGGAAUUAUAGACUUUCAUCAUCUAUUAUUUUGUUCUAUUGAAACAUUUUCCUGAUAUUUCUGUUUAAGCGCUUCAAUAUUGGAGAUUCUGUUGGAGAUCGUCUUACGGGCUGCCACGAGUGUUCCUGUGAUAUUAAUGUAUAUGGAUGUACGGACUUGGGUUGUCCGGGGUACCAACCACUGGACUGUGAGAUCCAGGGACAGGUAAAGACUCGGGUCUAUAACUUGAAUCUAUGGUGUUUUAUUUCUAAAUCAUAAUUAGUUUUAAUUUUCAAAACAUCUUAUACAUUUUGAUUAUUGUGUAGUAUUAUUCCAGCCUGUUGUUAUGUGUUCGCUGUAAUAAAUGUUGUUAUACAAUUAUACGAAAACAUUUUAGACAUAUUUAAUUUAUGUUGUCGAAUAAAUAUUUAUUUAACAGCACUACCAAAAUUUCGACGAAGUCCCAUCAGAUGUUUGCGAGAAUUGUCAUUGCUUGAAUGGCAACCUGGCUUGUGUCAACUGCCCAGCUUAAAAUCUUGGAAGUUUAUUAUUUAUAGCAAACCUAAGUUAUGUUUAAUAUAUAAUUUACUGUAUGUAAUUUUAUUAUCUAAAAACCAUUUAAUUCAACAAAAAAAAAUCUAUCUUGGAAACACUUGCUUCAAAUUCAAUUAAUUAUUAGUAUAAUAUCGUAUAAGACAAAAUAAAUACUUAUACUAUACUUCUCAUCAUCAUGAUGGUGUCAAAUAUUCUGUAGCAUACCAGAAUAUUCUCGAUGUCAAGGAUGUCGAUAACUUGCCUGUUCUAUUAUUCCACUUUACAAUGAUGGUCUGUCUCUCUCUGAUAAAUAACACAAUGUCCAAUGUGCGCUAACAGUACUUCAUUAUAGGUGCUAUCUAAUCACUAUGAUAAUAUGUACAGGUAUAACUGCGAUGCAGAGAAGUAGAUCUCCACAGGCUUGCAAUGAAAUAUCAGAGAGCAUAAUCAAUCAAAACAUUGAAGAGAAAAAAACAAAUAAGACCUCCCAAAUCAACGUUAUCUCUCACUCUGCAACCUAUAUUAACUCUCAUGUCCGUGAACAUAAUACCGCCGUCCACUCUAGAGUUGUCUCCCCUUUUAUAACCCCAAAAUCCCAUGCGUCCGUCAGUGAUCUGAAAAUCGUUCACGUGCUCACUUGUCCCAUUUGGCACAAAAUCACAACACACAAAAUCUCUAUGAUGUCAUAAUCUUGACAGAUGGUAAUCUUAUAUCUAAACGCUGUGGCAAACAUUCCAAUGCCAUAAAAAUUGCUAAAGCAAUGAUGCAUUGAUGACAUAACUAUUUCUAAACUUCUGAUCAUAAGAUCGUGUUUUCUAAAUUGAGCUUUUGUCCUAUUAUGAAUACGUACUUUGUUUUAUACCUAGUAAGAUUUUCGUUUCAAAACACACUACAGAAGUUAAUUUCAUAAACAAAACUUAUAGUUUUAUAAAUAUCCAGAAUUUUCAUCUUUUCACAUUCAUAUUUGUAUAAAUUAUUAGUUGCUAUUAAAUAGAUCUAGACUAAUAAUUUUUUGGUAUUUAUUAAAUUAAUUUUUGGUAUUUUAUAAAGGGUUUGUUGGUAAUGGCACCAAAGCGUGAACAACUUGAGAGAAUAUACAAGGGUUUAGACCAUAUUACAGAUUUCUAAGUGAUAAUGACGAAGACGUAACAAUUGAUGACAUCAUCAUGGGAAUAUAAACCGAAAUACUCUCUAACACGAUAUGUAACUUUUAAUUAAUGAGUGUAUGUCGACGGUUGUAUUAUUUGUGUCUUAAAUAAAAGUUUAAACACUUAUUUUCUUGUUGGUUGAAUUGAUUAUAAUGUAUCGACUGUGAACAUUUCAAAG